AUGAAAAACGAGGCCACAUCUGUCAGCCCCACAGGUCUCCCUCGUACGGCAGUGGUGGGAGUGUUGGGCGGGGGACAGCUGGGUCGUAUGAUGGCCCUGGCUGCGGCCAACCUGGGAGUACGGCUCAAGUGUCUGGACCCCGCGCCUGAGGCCCCUGCAGCAGUGGCGGCCGAGCACGUGCAGGGGCACUUCCGGGACGCGGCGGCCAUUGAGGACUUCGUGAAGAGUCAGGGCGUGGACGUGCUAACAAUGGAGAUUGAGCACGUUAACACGGAUGCGCUCAUGCAGGCUGCCGAGGACGUCAAGGACAAGUUCGCUCAGAAGCAGCACUUCACCGCCCACGGAGUUCCGCUUCCCCAGUUCCGGAACAUCAAGUGCCGCGGGUGCAUGGAGGGCACCGGGCGGGCGUUUGGAUACCCCUUCAUGCUCAAGGCCAAGAGGCUAGCGUACGACGGUCGGGGUAAUUACGUGGUCCGCUCCGAAACCGAUAUUGACGCCGCCGCUGCGGCACUGGGGGGCUACGAGGCGGGGCUGUACGCGGAGCGUUUCGCGCCCUUCGUCAAGGAGCUGGCGGUUAUGGUUGUACGGAGUCGCGACGGCAAGGUGGUGUCGUACCCGGUGGUUGAGACGAUCCACAAGAACAACAUAUGCCACGUGACGGAGGCGCCCGCUGACGUGUCACCUGCCGUACAGGCCAAGGCGCAGGAGGUGGCUGAGAAGGCCAUCUCCUGUUUGGAGGGCGCGGGUAUCUUCGGCGUGGAAAUGUUCCUGCUGGGUGACGGCACGUUGCUGCUGAACGAGGUCGCCCCGCGGCCCCACAACAGCGGCCACUACACAAUGGAUGGCUGCGUCACCAGCCAGUUCGAGAACCAUGUACGGGCGGUGCUGGGCUGGCCGCUGGGGGAGACGCGGCUCACCAGCGGCGCCGCCAUCAUGCUGAACCUGCUCGGGGAGGCGGACGGGGAGGAGGGGGUGCGGAGGGCGCAUGAAACCAUGGCCAAGGCGUACAACACGACGGGGUGCAAGGUGCAUUGGUACGGCAAGGAGGGUAUGACGGUCGGCCGCAAGGUGGGCCACAUCAACAUCCUGGCGACCACCCGUGAGGUGGCCCGCGCCAGGUUGGGGCGGCUGGACCCCGGGGCCCUGGCGGCACUGCAGCGGACAUCGGCAGCAGCAGCAGCAGCCGCCACCGCCUCGGCAGUAGCAGACCCCAGCGAGGCGGCGGGGGGCCGGCCGCUGGUGGGGAUCAUUAUGGGCUCCGACUCGGACUUGGCCACGAUGAAGGCCGCCGCAGCCGUGUUGGAGGAGUUCGGCGUCCCGCUGGAACUGACCGUGGUUUCGGCGCACCGUACACCUGAGCGCAUGUUCGAGUACGCCCGUACGGCACACUCCCGGGGUCUCAAGGCCAUUAUUGCGGGGGCGGGGGGUGCGGCGCACCUGCCGGGUAUGGUGGCGGCAAUGACCCCGCUGCCCGUCAUCGGAGUCCCCGUAAAGCCCUCCGGAGCGCACCUGGACGGUCUCGAUGCGCUCCUCUCCAUCGUGCAGAUGCCCAAGGGGGUUCCCGUGGCUACCGUGGCCAUUGGCAACGCGGCCAAUGCGGGGCUGCUGGCGGUGCGGAUACUGGCGGCGCAUGACCCCCAGAUGCUGGACCGCAUGUUGUUGUACCAGAGGGGCAUGACGGACGUGGUGUUGGGGAAGGCGGCCAAGCUGGAGGAGUUGUGGCAGUUGGUGCGGAUCACGGACUACUGGGCGAGCGUACGACCUAUUGCAGCUUUGACGUGA